CUCUACUACAUCUCUGUCACUGUUGAAGGGUUUACUGGCUUUUUAAUAUGUCUGUUGGUACUAGUUGAUACCUUCAGUUGUUUGCUGUCUUGUUCCUCAUCUCAGUUCUUUGUUUUUUGUUCUUCUGUUGUAUCUCGAAAUCUGUCCUGAUUACCCGCUGACCCAUUUUGUCGCGCGGAGACGCAGGUAUUGCCCGGUCUGCGUGAGCCGAUCAGCUGGACUGCGAGGGAAAUAAUAGCUUUCAAUAAUAAAAAGCGCAGGGUGCAUGCUUUCAAGAGCCAUGUCAUCGCAUUCUUCGGUCAAUGACGCUGCGAAGCCUCGUCUCCAUACUGCUCGAUCAUUCCCGCGAAUGGACAACCCGGAAUUGAGCUCCUUUGCCCGCACCAGGGCGAAGACUGUUCAAUCGGUAGCAAUUCCAGAGUUGGUGGACUCGACCGCCCUCCCCCUUCCAUUGUCAGUAGAGGACGAUGAACAAGAUAAUGGUCCAGACCUGUUUGACAAGAGGGGUUCUUCGGAAUCGGAAGCAGGAGAUGAUGGGCAACAGGGCGAAGAGGAUCAACCUGAAGAGCUACCAAUUGAACUAAUGAGCCUAACUGACCGGUUCGUUAACUCGUUGGGCGCCAAGGUACACUCCUCUCCGCCGACCAUCGAGAAGAUAUCUCAGCGCUUUCAAGACUUUUACGUUCGUGCUGAAUCACACAUUGCUACUCAUAUAUCAGCCCUGGCGACUCGAAUAAACCGCGAUCCUUCUCCUAACCCUCCCCCGCCCCGUGCUUCUCGGGCCUCGGCCAGCAAUGUUCCGUCUAGCCGGCAGAUGUUGACAGCAUCAGAGGUUGCUGAACGGCGGAAGGCUCGAAAGUCGCUCGCCUCUAAAGGUGCUGCUCUGGAAGAAGCUAUCGAGCGAAGAGCCUGUGAAUGCGUCUACGACAAAAUCUGGAGGCAUAAGAGCACAUUGGAUGAAGUUCGGGAUGACAAGUUGCGUUCGAAAACAGCAGCGUUACUCUUGGUUGGGAUAAAUCUGAAGGACCUAGGAAUUGACAUCGACAUGGCCACUAUCAAUGAAGAGGAUCAGAAAGAGGCGGAUCAGUGCCUCUCCGUUGCCCGUGAAUGUCUGGCAAGAAUGAACGAAGCGAAAUAUCCUUUGGGGAAGCUUCAGCAUCUGGCUGGCGCACACAAGGCUAUCGUUGAUGCAUUGACAAAGCUUCUUCCUUCCUCCUCCUCGGCUGAUGAGAUCCUACCCACCUUGAUCUAUACGCUUAUCACUUGCCCGCCAGACGGUAUCAACAUCAUUAGUAAUCUUCUCUUCAUACAGCGGUUCCGGUCGUCAAACAAAAUCGAUGGUGAGACGGCUUACUGCUUAACAAAUCUUGAAGCUGCAAUCAGCUUCCUGGAAAAUGUAGAACUAUCGGAGUUACGAGCGGACGAAACGCAGGAAGGAAAGGUACAACUGAACAAUGAGACGACAGGUACUUCUGACAGCCUUGACACCUCUCAGCGAAUGAGCAAGGCCCCCGUGUCUACCGUUACAAAAGCGAACGCUUCUCCAGGGAUCUCCAAAUCAGAUGCUAAGGAAGAUGCUGCCGAAAGACUACUUAAGCAACAGCCACCCGCGGCGCCUCAACAACCUCGUCUAAACAAUUUGUUCCAACCCCCGUCGAAAGUGCUUGGUGCUGCCAACGAUGCUGUUCGCAGCACUGCCGAUCAAGGGUUGAAGAAUAUUAGCGCAUCGCUGGACAGCAGCUUCAACUUUCUGUUCGGCCGUCUCAAGGAGCUGCAAUCCAGCCAACUGUCCGCCAAAGAUGGUAGCAAUACAAUCUUGCCGAAGACGUUAGCAGAAGCCCGUCGUCUGGUCACUUCUCCGCCUUCUCUUGAUAAGGGUGUCUCUCGGGAUAAUGCAGUGGGCGAUUCUUUAGCGACUCCUGAUCGACCCCCACUGCGGCGAAUCGGCUCAAGGGCGGAAGAUACCUUCAUGGGCCUAGUCAGUGGACACAGGACCCCCGCCAGCUCGAAAAUGGCCACUGCCACCACGAGUGCGCUAAAGGAUGAGCCUUCGUCAGUUGCCUCUCAAACGAACCCUUUGCCUACCACCCCUCUAGAGUCAAUGAGGAACUUCGGAAACAGCAUCAAUCCGCUUAAUCAUAUUCCAGGGAUGAUAAGGAACUUCGGGCGCAGCACGCCGGACUCGGCAGGAAGUUUCGCCACUCUUUCUCCUUCAGAGAAGACGAAGGCUUCACCUUCUUCUCGAGAGGUCCCCAGGAAUAACAGCGGUAACCAGCCUAAGAUCGAUCCGCCUAUUCAAAGAUUUCUCCAAACCCAACAUGCCAACGAACUGACAAUAGGCGAUGUAUCCGUGUUGCUCGAAGACUACAAACGUCUUGCAGCAGCGUUAUUCAGGCAGGCUUCGGACUCGAGUUAACUCAUGCUUGUUCCUUUACCACUUUCCCGCAUCCCUAUGUCUUUCUCGCAUUGUUUGUUUGAUCUCACGGCGUUCAUGACACUAUAUGAUAGAUUGCAGAUGGCGUUCAUUUCAGGCGGUGGAAACAUAAGUCUAGAGUCAUUUCAAGGAUGGUAGCAUUAUCUGGAGUUAGCGAGCACAAUUUUGACGCAAUUCGAAGUGCUGAUAGGAAAGGAAAACAUAUUCAUCA